UUGCAUCUCCGCUCCCUGUCCACUUUCCUUCUUUCCCUUCUGCCCGUUUGUCUCCCCAUUCCGAAUCGCAUCUCGCGGCGGCCGGCGAUCCCCCAGAAGCGAAGAUCUAUCGGGGUUGCGCAGCGCCACCGCCGACGGAAGCCCCCAGCGAGCGCGGCCGCACCACCGUGACGCGCCUCUUUCUCCACCCGUUCGAUCAGAUUUCGGUAGGCGGGGUCGAGCGGGGCUGGUUCGCAGGAGAAGGGAUACGGGAGGAUGAUACUGCUCCAGUCCCCAUCCAGGUUUAUACUCCAGAUCCUGAAGGAUCGCGUCUCCAGGUACGCCGCUGCUCAGCCGAUCUUUCUUUGUGGACCUAAUGGUAUAUCGCAUGUGGCUCAUGCGGAGUAUUCGCGCUGCAGCGGCGACAAGGGCGUGGACAUCGAUUGCCACACGGUGGAGUUCGACGAUGUGCGGUAUCAUAUACAGUUUUCAACGAGGAAUCCAAAGGUAAUGGUGCUAUCAGUGGCAUUGCCCCUCGCACCACCUGAGGCUAUUCUCUACGACGGGCUUCCUCUUGGUGCUAUUGAUGCUAUAAAGGCGGCUUAUGGGACAGUGGUUCAAAUUCUUGAUCCUCCAAAGGAUUGCUUUGAUCUCACAAUGAAGAUAAACUUAACAAAGCUUCCGACAGAUGAAGAGCAGCGGAAUGUUGUCUUGACACAAAUUGCAUCUGUGAGGGAGGUUGUGCUGGGUGCACCGCUGAAGCUUCUGCUCAAGCAUCUAGCUUCAAAGACAGUGGCUCCUAACGUGGAUAAGCUGGUUGCCCUUGUUCACCGUCCUAAUGAAUCCUUCUUCCUUGCUCCCCAGGCAGACAAAGUUACGGUUGUGUACCCAAUGAGGUUCCAGGAUUCAAUUGAUAUUGUCCUAGCAACUUCGUUUUUGCAGGAAUUUGUAGAAGCAAGGCGGACUGCUGCACUUAAUAAUGCUCCUUCGUGUAUGUGGUCUCCAGUACCACCUCUUGAGUUAAAAGGCGUGAAUGCUGAUGCACUUGAUGCAAACGCUGGUUUUGUUACUUUUGUUGUUUUCCCUCGGCAUGUUGAGGGUAGAAAGCUAGACAAAACAGUUUGGAGUUUGUUAACCUUUCAUGCUUAUGUAAGCUACCAUGUAAAGUGUUCUGAAGGAUUCAUGCACACUAGGAUGAGGCGUAGAGUUGAGUCUCUGAUCCAGGCUUUGGACCGUGCUAAAUCGGAUGCAGAGAAGCUGAAGAAGUUGGUACAUGGCGGGUCUUUUCGGAGACUGAGCAUGAAGCACGAAGGCGACUCUCGUCACUGAAGGAAGACUCGGACAAGCAAAUAUAUGAAGGUUUUGCUCAACUUUCCAUCAUGGGUGCUAUUGGUAGAACACUUGUUUCAACUUCCGGUAAGACUGGGGUGGCAACCGUUGAGACAACAUGAGCACCCUACUGUUUGCCCGUCCCUUGUUUGUUUGUUCCGGGAGGAUAUUGUAUUUUGGUCGAAAUUCGACUUGAGGAAUAGGCGCAAUUUAAUUGGUCUUUGUAAA